GCCCCUACGGUACGUGGCCCCCCCGCCCCCCCCGGAGACCUCAAUUGGUUCCCCAAUUCCCAAAACAAAGCUGACCUGUGCCUCUGAACCAGCCCUCUAGUCCCUGCUGCUCUCCUCGACCUACCUUCUCGACAAAGUGGCCCAUCAAAGGUAGUCAAUCGUCGGUCUUCGUCUCGAACCCACCCACCCAACAUGGCUUCCGCGACCACAUCCAGCCGUCCGGCUACUAAGAACCCGAUGCUGAGGAGGACCAUCACGUCGACCACCGACUCGGACGCCUCCUAUCCCUCCACCGCCGAUGUCUCGCCAACCGACUCCCCACAACGCUCUCCCUCGUCCACCUCGCUCUCCUCAAUGUCGUCGGUCGAUGACUGCAACAACAAGGCCAACUAUGGCAAAUUGAUCGACACGUAUGGCAACGAGUUCGAGGUCCCUGAUUUCACCAUCAAGGACAUCCGCGAUGCCAUCCCCAAGCACUGCUUCGAGCGGUCGGGCUUCCGGGGACUCAUGUAUGUCUUCCGCGACAUGCUCUACCUCCUCGUCACCUUCUAUGUUUUCAACACGUACGUCACGCCCGAGAGGAUCCCCUCCACUCCUGUUCGUGCUGUUCUCUGGGGUCUGUACACCGUCCUCCAGGGUCUCUUUGGCACGGGUCUGUGGGUCCUUGGCCACGAGUGCGGCCACGGCGCGUUCUCGACCUCGAAAACAUUCAACAACCUCGUCGGCUGGAUCAUCCACUCGAGCUUGCUGGUGCCGUACUUCAGCUGGCAGAUGAGUCACAGCAAGCACCACAAGGCGACGGGUAACAUGGAGCGUGACAUGGUCUUUGUGCCGCGGACUCGGGAACAACAAGCCUCUCGGCUCGGCCGCCUGGCCCACGAGAUCUCCGAGCUGACCGAGGAGACCCCUGCGUACACUUUGAUGAUGUUGGUGGCUCAGCAGCUCUUUGGCUGGCCCAACUAUAUCUUCACCAACGUCACGGGCCACAACUUCCACGAGAGGCAGAGAGAGGGACGCGGAAAGGGCAAGUCCAACGGCUUGUUUGGAGGUGUCAACCACUUCAACCCCUCGAGCCCGCUGUACGAGCACAAGGACGCGAAGCUGGUGCUUUUGAGCGAUCUGGGGCUAGCACUAUCCAUCUCGGCACUGGUGUAUCUUGUCCGAACUUUCGGAUGGGCCAAUAUGGCGGUGUGGUACUUCGUGCCGUAUCUUUGGGUGAACCACUGGCUCGUGGCCAUCACUUACCUCCAACACACCGACCCAUCUCUCCCGCACUACACUGGAGAGGAGUGGAACUUUGUGCGUGGCGCCGCGGCGACCAUUGACCGCGAGUUCGGCUUCGUUGGACGCCACCUUCUCCACGGCAUCGUCGAGACCCAUGUCCUGCACCACUACGUCAGCACGAUCCCGUUCUACCACGCCGACGAGGCCAGCGAGGCGAUCAAGCCCAUCAUGGGCAAGCACUACCGUGCCGACACCAAGGACGGGCCCCUGGGCUUCAUCGCCGCCAUGUACAAGAGCGCUCGGAUGUGCCAGUGGGUCGAGCCGAGUGAGGGUGCUGUUGGCAAGGGCAAGGGGAUUCUGUUCUUCCGAAACCGCAACGGACUCGGCACCAAGCCCAUGGUCAUGAAGAAAUAAAAAGUGGGCGGUAUCUCCCCGCAAGAGGGGAAUAAUAAGAUACCUGGAGUUUGAUGUUUUUUUUUCCCCUCGAGCGGAGGCUGACGGAAGGUGGUCGGUCCACUCCUGCAGGCUCCAUGACUCGGAGAAACAUUCUGUCGUUGGUCUUUAGACCCGGCGGUCAUUCGUUUGUCUUCAUCGUCGUCGUGUCGUCUCGCUGUGCCACGGCACCCACUCCGUUGUUCUCGCUUCGUUGCGGUCGUUGCGGUCAGGGGUUUAACGUGAGGGUUUCGAGUCUAAACAACAACAAAAGAGACAGGGAAUGAACGAGUUCACGAUAUAGACUAGGUAGUCAUAGAUCUUCCGCUGCCAUAGCUGCGUCUCUGGAAGGGCAGUUAAUAGAUUAGAAGCUGACGGCCUCGCUGA